AUGGAAAACUUCAUUGAAAAAGCCAACAUAUUUAUCGCUCCACAACGUCUAUGGAUAUUUUUUGAUGAAUUUAAUACAACAGAAAAUAUUGGUCUCAUUAAAGAGAUCAUAUGCGAACGAACACUAUUGGGAAAAUCGUUGCCGAAUAAUAUAGUUCUCUUAGGUGCAUGUAAUCCGAGCCGUAUGCAAGUGAACCUAAACGAUGAUGCAAAUAAUGAUCGAAAUAAAGUUGGUUUGUCUAUCGAUAGAUAUGAAAUGCACAAUGUGACAACCAAUAAUCGACUUUUGUAUACAGUCGUACCUAUUCCUGAAACAAUGAUUGAACAUAUAUGGGAUUUCGGAUUUCUAACACCAUCUGCCGAAAGAAGGUAUAUCGAAACAAUCAUCGGUCAAUGUAAGAACAAUUUGACAGACGACAGAAGUUGGUAUAAAACGGUAGUCACUUUAAUAUGUGAGUCACAGGAUUUCAUUCGACGAAUCGAAGAUGUUUCUAGUGUCAGUUUGCGUGAUGUUGUUCGUUAUCGACAAUUAUACGAUUGGUUUUACACAUCUAUUGAGCAUCGAUCAACAGCAAUUGAAUGGUCCCCAUUAUCUGUCCAAGUACGGGCAGCAUUAUUAGCCUUGCUAUUAUGUUAUUAUUUUCGUUUGUACUCCGCUCAAAGCAAGCAAGAAUAUCUUGAAUUAGUAAAAUCUAACUUACCUAAUCAUCUCAAAAAUCUCAAUUUAGAAAAACUACUCGACGAUGAAGAAAAUGAUUUCAUUCAACGUAUGAUUUUACCAAAAGGUACAGCACAAAAUCGUACAUUACGUACUAAUAUAUUUGCCAUAUUGAUUUGUACUAUCAAUCGUAUACCGAUUAUCAUAUGUGGAAAGCCUGGCUGUAGUAAAACAUCGGCUGUAAACAUUGUACUUAGUAAUAUAAAAGGAAAAAAGUCGAAUGACAAAUAUUUUCAAACUCUAUCCGACCUAUGUCCAGUAUCAUAUCAAGGUUCAAAAACAUGCACAUCAGAAAGCAUUGAAAAAGUAUUUCAACGUGCAAAAAAUAUUAAUGAAAUUAAAUCAGGUACGAAUUCAAUCUCAGUAAUUGUAUUUGAUGAAAUUGGUCUAGCUGAAUUAUCGCCAUAUAAUCCACUCAAAGUUCUCCAUGCAGAAUUAGAGAUUGAAACUUGUCAAUAUGGAUUUGUUGGCAUUACGAAUUAUCGUCUUGACGCAUCCAAAAUGAAUCGUUCCCUCUUCUUGGCUUGUCCUGAUCCUGAUGUGGAUGACCUAAGUCUCACCGGUCAGAUCAUUCGUAAUAGUCUUACCGAGAAUACAAUUUAUUUGACAGAUGAAAUUAUGUUGAAUUUAGCUAAUGCCUAUAAUGAUUUAUUGAUAAGCUUGAAAGCGGAGAAAAGAUAUGAAAAUUAUUUUGGCUUACGUGAUUAUUUUUCGCUAAUUAAAGGAAUUGUAAAUGAUUUCGAAAAUGAAAUAACUUAUGAAUUCACUCAAUCAAAACAGUAUUCUAUUAUUCGAAAACAGAUGAAAAUUAAUUUUGAUGGUAUUAUUGAUGGAUCAGUAUAUAUGUGGAAAAACUUUGAUUAA